GGAGUGUUGUUGAGAAUGAGAGAGACUAUUGUGCAACCAGUGAAGCGUGAUUUUUAACAGUUUUUUCUUCGGAUGAUGAUGUGAACACGACUUGGAUUUGUAGCUAUUCUGAUCACAAAAUACCUACCAAGACAUAUUGGACUCUCAUCGAGGUUUGAACUAAAAAGGACGUAUUGCAAACAUUAAGCCACUGAUAAUGAUAAUAAAGAAACAAUGUGAAUAAAAAGAUCAUCCGAGGAUGGCUAGCGGAGCGCGGCCCGGCUCCCUGGUGCCUCCGCGGGCCAACGGCUCGGCGCCCCUGCCAGUGCCGCCGCACGAGCCCGACGCGCCGCGCGUCGAGUCGUGCGCGCGCAUCGACACGCGCUACGACGUCCAGUUGGCAGCGCUCUUCGCCGUCUACGUCUGCUUCGGCGUGCUCUACACGUUUUCAGGUUAUCGGUUCUUCAAAACGACAAUGUUUUUGACUGGAUUUAUUUUCGCUUCCAGUAUAGUUUAUUUAAUAUGCCAACAGGGAGAUCUUUUACCACCAUAUGGAAAUGAAGGCGUAUCCCUGCUAGCUGGAGUGCUCUUUGGUCUGAUAACGAUGCUGGUCCAGUACGUGGGCCUGUUCAUGAGUGGGCUGCACACCGGCCUUCUCCUGGGCCUGGCAGGGCUGCUGGCCGCCGACCACCUUAUCGAGACGUCCCCCAAGGGCUCCGUGUGGCUGUGCGUCGGGGUGCUGUUGUGCUCGGCGCUGCUCAUGGCGAUUUUCAAUUUGUACUUCAGAAAGAGUCUCACUAUCCUCGGCACGAGCGUCUACGGCGGCGCGAUGCUGUCGAUCGCCGUCGACUACUUCGUCGAGAAGCUGUCGAUGGUGCGGUGGGCGUGGCAGCGGGUGUCGCUUCGCCCCGCCCUGCCUCCGCCCUGCUGGUUCUCGUGGCUGGUGUUGGGGGCGUGGCCGGCAUUCCUUUUGGCCGGCAUGGUCGUGCAGUUCGGGGCGACCGGCAGAGGGAUACACCAUCCUGACGUGAAAGCUGGUAGGAAAAAAGUCAGGGGCACAAGUUCAAGGAGCAUCACGAGAGUCGACAGAGCUGAAAUGAGACAGAAAAAGUAUAGAUAUCUCUAUCAGGUUAGAACUGCUCAUGGAGAUGUGAUAAGUCAGAAUUUCGUACAGCAACUCCAGAAGAAAGACAAUGACACGCAAGGCGAGUGCAGCACCCUCCAAUCGGACGCCACCCACCUGACCAUAUUGCCGGACGCGCAGUUGGCAGCGCUGACAGAAAGCGAGGACGACAGCCACACGGAGAUUGCGGCGAGACGAUGAAGGAACCGAUCUUUUCGACUUUGUGAUUCGUUGCUUUCGAUAUUUUUCCGAGUUUUUAAAGCUUCGAGACAAUAACCUACAGGAGGGAAAAGGAGUAUAAAAUACAUGGGCUGUAUCAGGGGUACACCCGCGAGUAUUUACGUGAAUACGUCUUUCUUGGUGGAUAUGUGAGAUGCACUGUCCAAUAUUUGCACCACAAAGAUCCUGAGUUUAAUCCCUUAUCAUUUACACUAACAAGGUGAACCAUGAAUAAUAAAACUAAAAUUGUUCCUCUUGUACGAUGAUCCACAGGGCUAUCAGUCUAUUUUUUCAUGAUUAUUGUAUUAGUUUUCUCAUCAUGUAAUUUUCCCACUGAAUACAGGCAAUAGGUGCUUGUUGUCAAAUUGAAACAUCGAAUGACGUAUCCAUGGCCCUAUUGGAGAAUUCAUUCACAACAACGACGCAACGAUUGACUCACUCGAUAAGUUGUAUAAUCAAUCACUGAGAUGUGGAAACAUUCAAACAUUUGAAAUUACAAGGGAAAUGAGCGUCAUUUCAGAAUGCGCUGUUUUGUAACGCGCUGUUUUAUUCGCGCUGUUUUGUCAUGCACUGUUUUGUUACUCGCUAUUUCGUUGCAAAGCCGGGUCAGGCAUAUGAGGUGAUGCUGUAGCAUCAAUUCAAGGUAACCAUAAUGUAACAGGAUACCAAAGGAGUAGAUCUGAUCGACUCGACUUUUGUUAUAGAAAAAAUGUGUUUCAAAAAUAAAAAAAAAAAGGUAAAAGAAAGGGGAAAGGGGCCCCGAGGAUUGCAUUGCCUAGGGGGCUUGAUGGGGCUAAUCCGGCCCUGGUUGUCUCUGUCAAUGGCAUGAUGUAAACAUUCAUAGAAAAAAAUCAAGUUCAGCAAGUAGAGCAAGAACAAACGAACGGCCCAAUAUUGAUGUUGGUGUCCUGCUUCAGAAAGAAGAAUAUUCCAAGAUAGUUCAGCAACUUGCAGAUAGAUGAAAUCUGUCAUAUUUGGCUGGUUCGCUGGCGCCGUUUACGAACCAGCAAAUAACUAAGAGCAAAUUUUACAUGGAGGUGGAUCAUCUUCUGUUAGUGUAAAUAAAAUCAAGGGUUUCAUGUGAUAUUGGUCGCUAACACGACCGUCGUGCUGGUCCCAUGUAAUGAAUCUCUUCACUCGAUAUUUUUUCAUGAUUUUAAUUAAACAAAUAAACUCACAGUAUCCUGCAAAUGAUCGAAAGUUGCCUGUUUGUGUAACUCAUUUUGCGACUCACUA